UUCCAUUCAAUUAAACGACGCAGAUUCCGAUUUCUAAUUCCGACCAACCCGAAUAUUAUGGAUUCUACAAUAAUAAUUUAAUUCGUCACUUCGAUAUUCCCUAUUUUUCCUACAUACCUAGUACAGCACGUAUAACCUAUGCAACCAAUACUAUUUACCUGGUACCUAGUCUAGAAGCUCUCCCCUGUUUUAUGAAUAAUAUAUUAUACCCUAUACCGCUGUCGAUCCUCCUGUUCACGAUCUAAUUCACCAUAUUCCGUUGACCGUUGACCGUUAAUCAUUGACAACCGACCAUCGAUCAAUCUCCUCGACCAGCGCCGUAACUAAUACCUCCAACCCAAUGAACAAUAUUUGCAUACUUGCGACCGUCAAUAACGAGGUCGCUUCUAGAACAUGCUUCUCUUGUACCAGAUAGGCAGUGUCAAGAUCGGUGAAGUCGUCCGUUACACCGUAACAUAUUCGCCAUCGCACGAUCGAAUCUUACCUUCUCCCGACGUCCUACACUUACGUAUCCGCAACACAUCCCCUAUUCCCCUUCGAGCCGCCUUUGUCCAUGGACCUUAUACCAUAAGCGUUUCCGCCUAUCCCGCCCAUUAUGAUCCGAAUACCAAGUUUGAGAAUCCCCGUCGUUACGGUGUCCCUGAAUUUGAGCCUAUGCUCAAGGCUGGAGGCACGUGGUCAUGCCAGUUGAUUGUACCCGAUAACAUCCGUGAGAGUGCUGGAAUAGGUGCUGCGCACGGCGAUUUCAGCUAUAAUACUACAGGUGAAGAAAGUUCGAAGAGCGCAAGUUGGGUGAUAGAGGUUUCAAGCCAGGUCAUUUUCUCCACCAGUGCAGAUGUAGGCUACGAGGUCUUGCUUGCGAGAGAUGAGAAGAGCCUCAACUUAGGUGGCGUGCCGGUUAUAGGUGGCCAUGCCCAGGUUCCGCAACCCGGAAGGGUAGCUGAUUUCCAACAAAGCUUGGGUGCAAAGGAUGGUCACCAUCCCGCUCAGCUAAAAGGAGUCUUCUCCAAAGCUGUUUUCCUGAAGGUCGAGGAUACUGCGAGUCUUUGGAACACACCACCGUUGCCCGGCAUUACCGAAUGGGACCAUGGACGAGCCAAACCAGCAGGUCUUGAAAAGGCAGCCACCAGUGUCGUAGAACCACCAGCACCACCAGCAGACGCAGAAGAACAUAGUACAAAACAACGGCCUUUGAAGAAGGUUCACCUAGUCAUCUUGACACAUGGCCUACAUAGUAAUCUAGGAUCCGAUAUGCUAUAUGUGAAGGAGAGUAUCGACGCAGCUGCGAAACAAGCUAAAGCCGAUGCAAAAGUAAGGAGAGCACAGGCGAAGGCCAAGAAAGACGGCGAACAAGGCGAUCACACAGGAGCCACUGGGAAACAAUCUGAGGAGAAAAAUCACACCGAUGACGAUGAUGAUGAAGACGAUGAAGAAGAUAUUAUAGUACGAGGCUUCUCAGGAAAUGCUACUCGGACAGAAAGGGGCAUUAAGUUCCUAGGCAAACGUUUGGCUCGUUGGGUACUCUCUAUGACCUAUCCAGACCAACCAUUUCUACCCUCUACUAAAAAAGCAGCAACCGAGAGCAUUGCGCAUGCUUUCAAGGGUGACAAUGGGAAUGACAACGCAACUGGAAAGCCCGCACAUCGACACAGCACUAUACAUAAAGGUCACCAUCGUAACGAUGACCGCAAAUUUCAAAUUUCCAGCAUCAGUUUUAUCGGACACUCUCUUGGAGGCCUCGUUCAAGUUUAUGCCAUCGCAUACAUACAAAAACACUCACCUCAGUUCUUCAACCAAAUCAAGCCAAUCAACUUCAUUGCGCUUGCAUCCCCCCUACUGGGUCUUAGCAACGAGAACCCAUUGUAUGUCAAGUUUGCACUCGAUUUCGGCCUCGUCGGAAGAACCGGACAGGACCUGGGGCUUACUUGGCGAGCACCAACCCUUGCCAGGAGCGGCUGGGGAGCAUUAGUUGGGACUCUUGGAGAAAGUGCUCAUAAGAGGGUGAUGGGAGAGGUACAGCCAGAAUCGAAACCUCUUCUGCGUAUUCUACCUACUGGUCCAGCACAUACUGCCCUAAGAAAGUUUCGCAACCGAACUGUCUAUUCCAAUGUGGUCAAUGAUGGAAUUGUGCCACUACGGACGAGUUGUCUCUUAUUUCUAGACUGGCAAGGACUUGGUCGAGUGGAAAAGGCUCGACGAGAAGCUGGUUUGGUUGAGACGGUUGUUGGAUUUGGGUGGGCAGAGUUGACUGGCGCUAACGCGACGUCACGAAGAGGUCCCUGGUCGCCGACAACUGAGGUGCCUCCAUCACUCUCACCGUCUGCCAUUGAGUCUGAGUCUUCUCAUAGUGAUUCUCACGAGGUGCCACAACCAUCGACGAAUGCAACCUUAGAAGACGACAGACGCAGUUUAAACCUUGCAGCACAAACUGAAACAGGUACCGUAGGCCAAAACUCCCAAACAAAUAACGACUUUCCAUUUUCCGGAUUUUUCAAUUUCUUCAAAUCCAGCGACUCGGCAGUUCGUAAAACGCCUCCCCCGUCACCUCGGGAAAAUAAAAUAUACAAGCGCAGUCAGACCCUAAAGGUUGAUACGACCACAGAUUCAGCAUCGUCAAGUAGAUCGAAGGUAUCUUCCGGUCAUGAUCUUAGCGAAGAUCCAAUGGGUGAAGUAUCUGCCCCUCCAAGAACAACUUUCUUCGAGUCCGCAGGCGAUCUUCUCAACCCUACGUUACCAACGGUUGAAUAUCUCAUCGAUCCUUCAACACGCCCACGAACUAUAUUCCAUGAUCGAGUUUAUCAUCCAUCCGAUAUUCCACCACCACCACUCAAGAAACGUACGACUAGAUCACUCACAUUCCGGAAUAAAUCAAAUACACCUAGUGCUACCUCAUCUCCCAAAGUAGAAGCUGCAAAGAGUCCCUCACUAAAUCCGUCUGUCGGGCAUGCGGACUCAGAACUUUCAACCCAUGACUACGAUGACCUUAUGCACACUGAUCCUAACAGAGAUACCGAACAUGUUAUCGACAGUUCCAGCAUGAAAGUCGAGGAGAAGAUCGCGCGGGCAUAUCAUCGUGGCUUAAGUUGGCGGAAAGUCCUGGUAAAAUUAGAACCAGAUGCACAUAACAAUAUCAUUGUGCGUCGCAAGUUCGCCAAUGCGUUUGGUUGGCCUGUGGUGAAACACUUAGUAGACGCACAUUUCAGCGACAGCGCAGCGGCUCGUAUGGAGGAUGAAGCCGAGCGAGGCGUUGACCGUGCGAAAUCACUUCAUCAAGCACCCAACGAGACCGGCGCUGAAACAUAUACACAAGAUGAUGCCCAACCACGAGGAAGCACGAACUCACAAGAUGAAACAAGGACUCAUAAACACACUAGGAGUGAGGCUCUUGAGGCUACGGACAUAGUAUCGGAUUUACCAUCACCAGCCAGGGAGAAGCAAUCAGCCCCUUACAGUUCAAGAGAUUCGCCACCCCGUAUCUCCUACGACGGACUUGAUUCUGCGGGUUGGAGUGACCGAGACUUUUUUGACAGUGGCGAUGACAGCGAGAUGGACAUAGAUAUGGCCUAUGGCAAACACCACAAAAGCCAAUCAACAUCGGGUGGCAAGGGUAAUGAUUCACCAAGAGCUGGCAGCCCCAGCUGGAAUUGGACAGAGAAGAUUGUGGGUAAGGGCGCUGGAAAGAGGGUCAAGAGUCCAAAGAUCCCUCAAAGCCCCGCAAGCCCUAAGCCGGGAAACGAAGGCGGGAGCGAAGCCGUUCCCCGAUGAAUAUAAUGAUCUGUUAGGCCCGUUAAUAGCUGGUGUUGGAAUACGGGGGCGGGCUAACAGUUUGGAAAGAGGUAAUUUUGAUAAAGGGGCAUAGGCAUUUGGGUACAGCAUUUUAGAUUUCUAGCAGAGCAACUUGGAGUAGCACGCAUGGUGGCUUUUUUCGAGAUGGCGUGGACCGGCCUCAUUGAUACUGGCAAAAAGCAUAAAGCAACCUGAUACACAUAUAUAGAUAUUUGUAAUACUGAAUAUUUCAAAAUUA